AUGACGGCGACUGCGUUUGGGAUCCGCUUGUGGUUGGCCGUUACGGCUUCCUUUCUGUUGGCCACUGCAAACGCCAAAAUCCCCGGCGUUUACACCGGCGGGCCAUGGCAGAACGCACACGCAACUUUCUACGGCGGCAGUGACGCUUCAGGAACUAUGGGCGGUGCGUGUGGGUACGGGAAUCUAUACAGCCAAGGAUACGGUGUGAACACGGCGGCGUUGAGCACUGCUCUGUUUAACAACGGUUUCAGCUGCGGCGCUUGCUUCGAGAUUAAGUGUACGGACGACCCGAGGUGGUGUGUCCCGGGAAAUCCGUCGAUUCUUGUGACGGCGACGAACUUUUGUCCGCCGAAUUUCGCGCAGCGCAGCGACGACGGAGGUUGGUGCAAUCCGCCACGAGAGCACUUCGACCUCGCCAUGCCGAUGUUCCUCAAGAUUGGUUUCUACCGCGCCGGCAUUGUCCCCGUCUCCUAUCGCAGGGUACCUUGUCGGAAGAUAGGAGGGAUAAGGUUCACAGUUAACGGUUUCAGAUACUUCAAUCUCGUUUUAGUAACCAACGUCGCCGGCGCCGGAGAUAUCAACGGAGUGAGUGUAAAGGGAUCGAAGACAGAUUGGGUGAGAAUGAGUCGGAAUUGGGGACAGAACUGGCAGUCCAACGCCGUCCUCAUCGGCCAAUCUCUUUCUUUCCGAGUCACCGCCUCCGAUCGCCGUUCCUCCACCUCCUAUAACGUCGCUCCUGCCUCGUGGCAGUUUGGCCAGACUUUCUCCGGCAAAAACUUCCGCGUCUAA